AUGUCGACAUCAAACAAACACACCCAACUCCACCAAGCCAUUUCAUCUAUCAAGGAAGUGUGCACACGAACGAUCAGACCGCAAAAAUCAGAAUACCAACCACUUCUACAACGAGAAGUUGUGUCGACCAAGCAAGAUUCCACGUCCUUCUACAGCGAGAAGCCAUCCGUCAAUGUCAAUGAAAUCCGCAAAGAUUCUGCAAAAAAAUCACGAUUUGAACCUGAUUUCUCUCGAGAGCUCACCUCGGAAGAGCUUGCAGACAUGCUCUACAGAGAAGCGGGAUUCCCCCAGAUGGCUAUGAGAAUUUGA